AAGUGGCUCAACUAGGAGCUUCCUCUCUACUUCCUUGUUUUUCAUGCUGGCAUUACCUAAUAAGAGAUAAGACAAAGGCUAUAUCAGCAUUUGGGAAUGGUGAGACUGGGCUGUCAAAAGAGAAAUGCAAUUAGAUUUUGUACUAACACUUAAUUAGAAGGAUUGGACAAAGAUGGGGAAAACAGGCAAAUGGAUUCGAAGCUUCUUGACAGGAAAGAAAGAAAAAGAAAAAUGUACAACUACUCAUAAUUCAACUAGUAUUGAAAAUCCGGUGACUCCAAUUUCACACACACCAACUACUCCGAAAGAAAAGAGGAGAUGGAGUUUUCGCAGAUCUUCAGCUACUGCAGCAGCUCCAAGGGACAACAAUUCUACAGAACCGACUAUCGUGCCACAACCUACAGAGAUGCAGCCUGCUUUGAAUUUAGAAAAUGAAGAGAAUAAACAUGCAAUGGCUAUGGCAGCAGCUACUGUUGCAGCAGCUGAUGCAGCUGUGGCAGCUGCACAGGCUGCGGCUGUUGUGAUCCGUCUAACUGCUGCUGCCAAGAAAAGAAAUAGCGCGAUUGAAGAAGUCGCUGCUAUAAAGAUUCAGGCUUUCUUUCGUUCUUAUUUGGCAAGAAAAGCAUUAUGUGCUUUGAAAGGAUUGGUGAAGUUGCAGGCGUUGGUAAGGGGUCACCUAGUAAGAAAACAGGCCACUACUACACUGCGGUGUAUGCAGGCAUUGGUAACUGCACAGGCUAGAGCUCGAGCUCAGAGAAUCCGAAUGGCUGAAGAUGGAAACCCUGCCACCCAGAAACAAUCAAUCCACAGAAGAUCAACUCAGGAUAAUAGGUUUAGGCACUCGAAUUAUGAUAUUGAUGGAGGAAUGGAAGAGAAUAUCAAGAUUGUGGAGAUGGAUCUUGGACAAUCAAAAGGAAUCACAAAGAGCAGAAAUAGCUAUUCAAACAACCCACAAACGGAACAUAGAAUUUCAACACAUUAUGCAUCAUCAAAUCGAGGAUAUUAUAUGCCAGACGACAGUCAAGUCUCUCCAGCUCCAUCAGCUCUAACCGAGAUGAGCCCAAGAGCCUGCAGCGGGCAUUUUGAGGACUACUCUUUCAACACAGCACAGAGCAGCCCUCAGUACUACUCUGCCGUAACAAAACCUGAUCCAUUUUCUUUCCCAAGGCCGGAAUAUGCAGAAUCAUUGUCCUAUGAUUAUCCAUUGUUCCCAAAUUACAUGGCAAAUACUGAAUCUUCAAGAGCUAAGGUUCGAUCGCAGAGCGCACCAAAACAAAGGCCAGAGGCAUUCGAGAGGCAACCAAGCAGGAGGAGGCCAUCAGUAGAAGGAAGGAAUGUGCCAAGAGCCAUGAGAAUGCAGAGAUCAUCUUCACAUGUUGGAGCCACAGCUCAGAAUUACCAACAUCCAUGGUCAAUCAAACUUGAUAGAUCAACAGUUUCACUUAAAGAUAGCGAGUGCGGAUCGACCAGUACAGUGCUUACAAACGCUACUUACUGCAGAACUCUUGUUGGUUUUGAUGUUCAUGGAAAUAGGUACUAGCAGAAGGUGCAAUCCUCUCCUCCAUCGCAAGGAUCUUCUAUUUCUGCCAUCAAAAGCAAAAUACUUAAUAAAUAAUGCAAGUUUCAGCCAAGAAUGAGCAAACAGAUUGAACUCUUAACACAUAAAGAGCCGUCAGAUUUUUUUUUUCACAACCUUUCAUUCCUUACUUCACUGCCACCCAGCUGUGUAUUUGAUACUGCCCAUGUAGAAAUCUUUUUCUUUUCUUGUUUUGUUUUGUAAUUGGAAGUCUUACAUGAUUUGCAUUAACGUGUUCCUCAGGAAAAGGAACUCACUAGCUGGAACACAGUUUUAAUUGCUUAAUUCUAUGUCCAUAGAGAAUUCAUUUCAGUGUGAUAA